ACACUCAAUCUCAUCAUGAUCCAUUUGAAUACUUUGGUGGUACUCUCCGUGGCUAUUUACGCCGUCGUUGCCCGACCAACUGAAUCGCCAAUUAAAUCUACCACCACCGUUGAAUCCGCUGAUUCUGUCGAUGUCCGUCAAGGAUGGAAUCAAGGCCAGAAAUAUUCAAGCUCCUAUCCUAUCGGACAAUCUGGAACUGGCUAUUACCCAGAUCCGGCUGUCGCUACUGGAUCUUAUCCGGCAGGGAACACCCGUCCUUCUUAUGCCUACGACAACGCGUUUCCCGAUCAGGUGAACUUCGCCGGUGCUGACGCUCAUCGCGCAAUCGCAUCGAUGUUCAUCGUUCCCAACGGCGGAUUGGUUUCUAACCCUGCUGGGAAUCAAGUGGCUGGAUUCGCUCCGACUGGAUAUCUAGCACAAGGUGGAAUAUCCGCUUCUGCCUCCGCCGUCUCCGUUUCAUCUUGAAUCUUUAAA